GAAUGUUUUAACACCGGUAAACGCAAUGGCGGCAGCUGAAAUUCAGAAACAAACAUACGACGUCAUACACUGCCUCUUACAAAAUGAACUAUAUUUUGAUGUGGUGGAGCCUGAUGGUGCUGAAGAUGAGAACUCAUUUGACCCUGUAAAAAUAGCCUCAAAGCUCAGGGAACUGGGUGACGAUUAUGAUGAGAGAGUGAUCCAGCCAUUGAUGAAGAAUGUACAGAAAGCUGCAGCCGAUCAGGUGGUGACUGCCUUCAGUGAUAGUGUGGACAGCUUGUGUAAGAUGUGGGUUGUGGAAAGAGCAGAAGUGGCCUCAGAGAAGCAGCUUCUCAAAGCAGCCAUCACACUGGGACUCUUUAUGAAGAAAAACUGCCCUGACAUGACGAGUGUAGUUGAGAGCGCUAUGAUGGGAUUCGUCAACAACCGUCUAACAUACUGGAUUGCAGAGCAAGGGGGCUGGGUCUCUGUCUCUAAGAACAGCAUGUAUUGAGAGCUCAUUGUCUCAUUCUCUGAGAGACCCUCAAUCAUUCCUCUGAAGUUUUGAUUUGUAAUGCAGGAUGAUCUGUAAAUGUCAUUCAGAUGCCAAGGUGCUGUUUUCAGACAAUCACAACCAGCAAAGUUUUUUAAUGUUUACAUUUUUACUCUAAUACAGAUAUUUGUGUUUGAGUAUUUCAACUGAUGCAGGAAUUCUCAACCAACAUUGCUUUUUUUAAAUAAUAGACUUGUGUCUUAUGAUGUAGUCAAAUUUCUUUACAUCACUGAUGUGGAGUAAAACUACUGUAUAAUGUUAUUUUAAAGGGGUCAUAUGAUGCGAUUUAAAUUUUUCCUUUCUCUUUGGAGUGUUACAA